AUGAACCGUUCCAUGAUCUGCAUUCUCCUUCUUGUAUCACUGGUAUCGGCUCAAGUCUUCGAUUUGGAUGGACAAUUGGCUGGAAUCGAGCAGAACGACGCUCUUUUUAUAGAGCCGCACAUCAAGCGCUCUCCAUCAGCCAAAUGGAUGCGAUUCGGAAAGCGGUCACCAUCGGCAAAAUGGAUGAGAUUCGGAAAGAGAUCUCCAUCGGCCAAAUGGAUGAGAUUCGGAAAACGUAGCGGAGCUGAAGGAGUCGCCGAGCAAGAUUAUUGA